AUUACAUAGCUCAGCUCUUCAAUCCAAAAAAUAGAAUAAAAAAAAUAAAAAACAAAAGAAAAAGACUAGCCAUUUGGAUUUCUUUCUCUCGUCUUCCCUAUUGUCUCCCUUGGUACUUAAAAGCAGAGAUAAUACCAUAUAGUACAAACCCGCUAAAAAUACAGAGAGAAAAGGAAAGCAAAAGAAAAAGAGAGAGAAAGAAAGAGUGUAAAAGAGUAAUGGGAUCUGAAGCAGAACCAGAGGCAAUCUCUACACCAAAAUUAGCGUUAUUCUGGAAUCCACAAGCACAUGGCUGCUAUAUGCGGUCACCGCAAAGGUCAGGGACGACAACGCCACCACUUUACGCCUCCGCCGCCGUCCCAUUCCGGUGGGAGGAAGAGCCAGGAAAGCCUAGAAGCUCUACUGCUCUUUCUAACCCUAUUGACUUUGGGCCAAAGUGUUUGGAAUUACCUCCAAGAUUGUUCUUGUUAGAUGGUAAUAAUGUCAGUAAGCUUUCCUUGCCCACUACAGUUUUGGAAGAACCUUAUAUGGGUAAGCCAAGAUUUCAGUCGUCGUCGUUUAGAAUGAUAAGAAAGGAGUGUUAUGGGUCGUUUCGCAGGAGUUUUAGUCCUGAAAGAAGGCAGCUUAGUACUAUGGUCCUCAGCAAGAGAGGAAUAAAUGAUAGUAAAAGGUUUUUGGGUUCUUGGCGUUGGGGAAGAAGGGCUUUUACGGGUACAAGAGAGAACGUUGGUGGGGCAAGCUAUGUAUUUCCUUCUUCUAUGGAUAGAGAGGAAAUUUACUUUGGACAAGAGGAAGAUGAAGAAGAAGAAGAAAAUAAAAGUUGCAAGAACAAUGUUACAAUUACUAGGAUCAGAAGAUCAGGCAGCAUUUCCUCUCGUGCAAGGUCUCAUUUCUGGGCGGCUAUUUAUGAAGGCUUAAAGCAAGUGGUUCCAUGGAGAAGUAAAAAACUAAAGGAUGGGUUUGCGAUUUGAUGCCUAUUGAAAAGGCACAACAAAAGAACAUGGUCAUUAAAUUACCUGGAAACCGCUAUGGUCCUAUCCACUUUGGUAUUUCUCUUUCAAUGAGAUUGACGUUUACUUGGCUUUUGCUCUCACAGUCGUCAUCUUCCUAUCCCUGUGUAAUCCAACGGUUUUUGUUGCUGCUGCAUCGUUUUCUCAGAGUGCAAUUUAUGGGAAAGCAAUAUUGGAUUGCAGCCAUGUGGUUAGUCAGUGCAGCAAUUAAGUAUAGUCAUGAGUGGUGAAACCAUACAUAUAUGUUAUAGUCUAUUUCACACAGGAUAUGGUAAUUCUGAAUGCAAUUGUUCUAUAGUUACUAUAAGUGCCAAAAUUUUGAAUGUUUCUACCUUCUAUGAAUUCAACUAAAAUGUUGCAGUAAAUUUAAGAUAUUGUUUGCACAAA